AAACAGACAAGAGGACGGAAGGAGAGAAGACGUAGUUUUUUAAGAAAAGGAGCUCGUUUGGAGAAAGCAUCAGUCAGGUUGUCCGGUUGAAGAGCUCCCUCCUGAGGCCCCCUGCUGCCUGAUAACAAGCUCCGCCCACCAGAGUGGAGCUCCAUGAGAGUGUGCUGGUAGCAGCUCUCCUGAGUGUCGGCACCAUGCUGUGGACGCUGCUGCUGGCGCUGCUGCUGCUGCUGCUGCUGCAGACUCAGCUGUCUGUGUGCUUCAGGGAAUUACGCACCGGGGGUUCCACUUCCCCCGGCUACUCCCCUUCAUCAUCCUCUUCCUCCUCCUCUUACAAUGCCACCCGGCAGCGGCUGCCCGGAGCCAUUAUUAUUGGCGUGCGAAAAGGCGGCACCAGAGCCCUGCUGGAGAUGCUCAACCUGCACCCAGAUGUGGAAGUGGCCAAGGCCGAGGUGCACUACUUCAACGUGGAGGAGCACUAUCGCCGGGGUGUGGCCUGGUACCGAGCCCAGAUGCCCUUCACGCUGCCUGGUCAGCUGACGGUGGAGAAGACCCCCGGCUACUUUGCAGCUCCUCAGGUUCCUGCUCGUGUCUGGGACGUGAACCCCGCCGUCCGUUUGUUACUCAUCGUGCGGGACCCUGCUGAGAGGCUGGUCUCCGACUACACCCAGGUCCUGCACAACCGCCUGACCCGGCACAAGCCCUACCAGCCGCUGGAGGAGCUGCUGCUGCACAAAGGCCACAUCGACCCCGGAUACAAGGCGCUGCAGAGGAGCCUGUACCACCAGCAUCUGGCGCGCUGGCUGGAGGUCUUCCCCAGGGAGCAGAUCCACGUGGUGGACGGCGACGCGCUCAUUCGGAACCCCUUCCCCGAGCUGCGAAAGGCGGAGAGGUUUCUGGACCUGCCGCCCAGGAUCAACCCCAGCAACUUCUACUACAACACCACCAAGGGCUUCUACUGCCUCCUGUCUGCCGGACACGACAAGUGCCUGGACGAGUCCAAAGGCCGGCCGCACGCACCGCUCAGCACGCAGGCUUUGAAGAAGCUGUGCCGAUACUUCAGGAAGCCCAACAAGCUGUUCUUUGAAAUGGUGGGGAGGUCGUUUUCCUGGUGCUGAUCCACAGGAACCGAACACCUGCUGAACAAUGCCAACACAUUCAGGGACGCGAAGGGAGAGAGUCAGCUGUGUGUUCUGUAGGUAGAUGAGUGGAGACAUUUCAGUUCGAUUAAAGUCAGCAACGUCUUUCUGUUGAUACCCUCUCAGGUAGAAACGUGGCCAACAGGUGAGAGGACGUGAACAAGUCCAACUGCUGGCGCUGAGGAUGUGGCCGACACAAACCUUUACCACGACCAUGCCGGUGCCUCUUCUACUCACUUGACGAAGCUACAACAACCGUGCCAUAGUCUGAAACUGGAAUAAGACCAACCGCUUUUUAUUUCCCAGGACAGAAGAUGUGCAGCCUCCAGAGAGGCGCUGACUGAUGCUGAACUGGUUUCCUGUUGCACUGUGAACUGGAAUCGCAUCAGAAGUCAGUCAGUGUGAACUGCUCAGACAGAAACGGACUCCUCGCCUCCACUUUUCUCAACAACUGUAAAAAUUUGACGUGUCGGUAAAACAUGUUUUAGUUUAGUUUCACUUCAUCCGUUGUUGUUUUUACCAGGUUGAAUAGAUGCUCAUUUUUAGCUUUUUUAAAAUCGGCUCAUUUCCGUUUGUUUGUACGUGGACAGAAAGCAGAAGGCUGUGUGUGUGUCUCUUCUUUUGUAAGACGUCUUCUAAUAAAUGUCUUCAGUCCUACAGUC